CGAGCUGAUGUCCAGUCGGCGAGACAUCCAGAAGGCAGCACUGGACCAGAUGGCGGCCAAGCUGAGCAGCCCGCACUACACCCCGUCCUCCGACAGGAGGCGCCGCAGCCAGCCAGUCCACAGCAGCAGCGUGCAGGACUUGGAGGCGGAGUUCCAGGAGCUGUGGGAGUGGCUGAUGGACAUGGUCGCCAUGGUGACGGACAGUCAGCAGCUGAUGAUGUCAGAGGAGCAGAGAGAGCACCUCUUCAAGAGCAGCCAGAGUGACCUGCAGGUGAUGGAGAAGAAGAAGAAGUUCCUGCAGGAAGAAGCAGAGAGGAAGAAGACCACUCAGCUGCCAAACAACUUCCUGCUACACAUCAACACUCUCACACACACCUGGACACACCUGGAGAACAUUCUCUCCGGUCACUCCGGGUCCGGCCAGCCGCAGAGCCGGCGCUCCCCGGCCGAUGAAUGCCCCGCUGCGGCGGCGGCGGCGGACCCGCUCAGCACGGCCAUGUUGGAGCAGCUGCAGGCGCGCAUCAAGGAGCUGAAGGCGUGGCUGCGACACACCGAGCUCCUCAUCUUCAACUCCUGCCUUCGCCGCGACACCGCCGCCUCCGCACAGCUGGCCAGCUUCAAGUCUUUGUGUUCGGACGUGCGGUCUCGGCGAAGAGGAGUCUCCUCCGUCCUCAAACUUUGCCAGAAGCUUCUCCAGCAGGACCAGUCGGGCCCGGCGGCGGAGGCGGGCCCCGAGGCGGAGCAGCACCGCCAGGCCCUGCAGCUGCUGUCAAUCAACCUGGAGAGGCGGUGGGAGGCCAUCGUCAUGCAGACCCUGCAGUGGCACACCCGACUCAGCAAGGAGCUGGGCCAGGAGCAGGUCCCAAGCAACCUGCUGGAGCCGGGACUUGUCGAUCUCCACCAGCUAGUCCCAGUCCAAGCCUCCGUGCUGGCACCGGCUCCUGAUGACUCGUGGGAAUGGGAUGAGACAGACAUGACAAUCGCAGAACCCCAAGAAGGGCCAGAACCCGACCUCACGCACAACCUUCCAAUUUCAGACAACCUCUUGACAAGCCAGAACCCUGAAAUGACAUCCCAGAUGGUUCCUCCAGACAACAAGCCCAUCUACCAGGUUUAUAGCCUCCACACGGUCGAGUUCUACAGGACUCCAGAACGUCCUCAAGCGUCCUCCAAGGCGGGCGAGAGCAAGCAGCAUAUUUUCCAGAAGAGUUUGAGCAAGGACUCCACUUUCUCCUCCAUGGAGUCUCUGCCAGACCUCCUGGGUGGGCUGAUGCUCAGCGAUCGAAGGGGAAAGAGGUUCGGGGAGUCCCAGGGGGAGGGAGGCAGGGCGAGCGGCCACUCGUCCUGCAGUCGUCCAUCAGAGAGUGAAAGUGGGAUUGUCAGCGACGGAGGAGACACUGAGACCGUUACCACCAACUAUGGAAUCCUGGGAUAUGAGGAGGAGGAAGUGGAUGAGGAGGAAGAUGAAGAGGAGGAUGUUACUGUUCUGCUAAACAUAGAUGACCAAAAAGAGAGCAGAAGCCAAAGAAUCACAGAAGAAGAAAGGCAGGUCAGCCAUAGGACAGGAGGAAGUGAAGCAGUCCUGAUUAACAAAGAAUCAACUGACCCCGUUAAGCCCCUCCUGAGUCACAGCAGUUCGUAUACGCCUCCUGCCAUCCACCACCUGACAUCCAGUCCUGUUCUAUCUCAGGGCUCUUCCCUGGAGUCCCUUCUGGCUCUGGGCUUGGAUCUGUUCCCCUCCAAAGAACAUCUUCAACGCAGCGCCUCUCUGGAGAGCGGUCUAGCUACGUGUCACAGUCUGGAAGGUGACACCUGUGCCAGUCUCGCCAGCCUAGUGGAGCUGGACCUGGGUCAGAUGAGGGAGUCCGGCCGUGAUGAUGACUAUGGUAGUACGGAAGACCAGAGGUUUUGUGAAGGGGCUCAAGGAGAGCUGAGCAGAAGAACACUUGACCUCCUGAAGCGUCUGGAGAACAUCCAAAGUCCUCUCGUUGCCAACAUGACUCGUAGCGUGUCUGAUAUGACACUACGAAGUAGCUCCCCACUUCGUCGUCGACUUGUAGCUUCUUCUUCCCUUGGAGGCCGACGUGCGGCACUGUCACGAAGUUUACGCAAUGCUCCACCGCCCCUCAUCAACGAGAACUCAGCGUCGCUAACAGAGCUGAGCAGCGCUGAAGAGUUCUCCCUGGCUUCUGAAGACCUCACCGUGCUCCCUAACAAGAGGAACCUCUCUCUUGAUCAGGCCUUGGUGGCAGGUAGCAAGCACAGUUCCUUUAGAAGGUGCUGCAAGAGGAGCAGCCAGAGAGAGGAGGCGGACGCGCUCAGCUUGAGCAUGGUGGUCAAUGUGUCUUGCACCUCCACGUGCACUGACGAUGAGGACGACAGCGACCUCUUGUCCUCCUCCACCCUCACCUUGACAGAGGAAGAACUGGGUGUACAGGAUGGCGAGGAGGAGGAAAUGGAGCGGUUAACCCCUGGCUUAUCUGGAAACGAGGAGGAUGAGGAUGCAAUGGAUGACUCCUACUUGGAGUACAUGAAGAAGGAGCUGCAGGGUUGGACCCGACCUGCUCGCAUCUCUUCUUUGUCAUCCUCAAAGACUGAGGACGGCCUUUCGGAUGAACUUCAGUGUGGGAGUAACCCAUUCCUCUCCGCCGUGGAGCGCCACCACCUAAACUCUAGCAACCAAAAGGGAGGAGAUGAUCGGCAGCAGCAGGAGGCUCAGGAGAACCUUAGGAACACUCCAAGGAGCUUCAUCAGCCACUUUGUGGAUGAUCUGGAAAACGGGAACGUAGAGCAGAGCUGUUUAGGUCGGAAAGACCAAGAUGACCAGCUCCUCCGAGAGGAGUCCAGCGUAUUCACAAAGAGAGGAGAACCCCACAAGGAGCCCUGCGCCUUCUCAAAAGCCCAAGAAGACGUUGGUGCCUUCAUCCCCACCGAUUGCACAAACCCACUUCCUUCUUCUCCGUCUUGCGAGCUCCUCCCACUCACACCGGCCUCUUCAUUGGUAGGACAGCUAAGUGGGGAGUUACCCUGCCAGAGCUCCACCCCCUCACCCCUGACGCCUUCGCAUGAGAAAGCUGGCGCGCGGAAGGCCAUCACCAUCCAGGAGAAGUUCAAGUUCUCCUCUCUGGUUAUGGAAAAGAGCAGGAGAGAGGUUCGGGACAAACAUUCCUGCCUCCCUCCCAGAAAAUGGAAAAGUUCUCAUUCCUCUUGUUGCCACCACCUGGCCUUGGACUCACCUUCCUCACCUUCCUCACCUUCAUCACCCUCCUCACCCUCCUCACUUUCCUCACCUUCCUCACCUUCCUCACCCCAGCCAGGUGGGAGGGAGGCCGUUCACGACUUUGUCAUGGAGAUCCUGGACAUGGCCAGGAGGGGCAAAGACCCCGAGUGUGGUCCUCCUUCCUUAGCACACCUCAGAGACAAGGUGGAGCAGCACUCCCACCAGCCUCUGCAUCUACGCACCGGAGACUUCUACUCCUACUUGUCGAUCUCUUCGCACGACAGCGACUGCGGCGAGGUCGCCCAGCGCUCCGAGGAGAAGAGCGUCGCUCCGGCACCUUACGUCAUCCCGGCGUGCCGAGACGCCGACCCCGGGCUUCCGACUUCGUCCCCGGGUCUCCCCGACAACCGGCUUAACCUGAAGUCAUUCGACGGUCCCGCAGAGAGCCCCGGCCCUUCUGCCCCGCCGCCUUACGUCAUCCCGGCGUGCCGAGACGCCGACCCCGGGCUUCCGACUUCAUCCCCGGGUCUCCUCGACAACCGGCUUGACCUGAAGUCAUUCGACGGUCCCGCAGAGAGCCCCGGCCCUUCUUCCCCGCCGCCUUACGUCAUCCCGGCGUGCCGAGACGCCGACCCCGGGCUUCCGACUUCGUCCCCGGGUCUCCCCGACAACCGGCUUGACCUGAAGUCAUUCGACGGUCCCGGGGCUCCUUACGUCAUCCCGGCGUGCCGAGACGCCGACCCCGGGCUUCCGACUUCAUCCCCGGGUCUCCCCGACAACCGGCUUGACCUGAAGUCAUUCGACGGUCCCGCAGAGAGCCCCGGCCCUUCUGCCCCGCCCAGCCCAGACAUCCGUGACGAAGAGACCCUCUUCCCAGCCUGCACGGAGGAGGUCUACCUGGGUCCGCCCCUCUGCUACAGCCUGCCUCCCACUAGAAAACCACCGAAGGGGUUCUGCCCGGGCUCCGAUCCGGAGUGUGUAGUCCCUUCCGUCCCCGAGCCGCUUUACACCUCAUUCUCCGUCAGCGCCUCCUCUCCGGAGAGGCCCGCUGAGGUUUCCCGGUCUGUUUCUGGUGAGGACCCGCACCUCCUCUGUGAUGUCGCCGGCGGUGCGGGAGCGCGGCGGGGGGAGACGAGCCCUAAUGAGGCUCCUCCUUAUCUCCAUCCCCUGAUAGACUCGCCCUCGGCAGCACGCACUAAAGCGCUUGAAUCCAAUAUUGCCGCCGUAAUGACCAAGAUAAGUGUCGGCGGCGCAGCUACAAAUCCCUCAAAAGAGCCGGCCGCUGCCGCCGCCGCCGCGCGUAUUAAUCCCAAAAUGAACUGCCGGCCGAUGAAAGAGGCUGAUAGAGCGGCGGGGGGGAGGCGAGACGAGGCGCACGCUCGCGGCGCCAAGCAGCCGGAGGCGACGGCGAGAGGACGACGAGGCUCCCGACAGGAAGCCAAGAUGACGACCACGACAGCAGCCAAGCAGCCCAGCCCUGUCACUCCACUUGCCAGGGGGCGGAGCCAAAUACCCAUUAGACCGCCCGCCUCCAGGAUGGGGCCAAUCAGAACUACACCUGCAGGAGGCGGGACCAUCCCAGUCCAGCAGUGACACACACACACACACACACACACACACACACACACACAACCAUUAAUGAAGAAGUACGUCAAUGAAAGAGAAGAUUGAAGAACAGAGAAAGUGUGCGGACUGGAAUGUGACCAUGUGACCAGGUGACCAUGUGACCAGGUGACCAUGUGACUAUGUGACCACGUGACCAUG